UCGUGUGCGUCGCACCCCGUCGACUCCAGCAACCCCCUUUUCGCGUGACUCUGUCACGUUCCUUCCUGACUCGCAAACAGUCACAUUCGACGCGAACACGCUACGAUUCUGAUCUCGUUCUUAUGCAAAUGUCCUUCGACAAUUGAACCACGACAUCAUGGACGCUUCAUCGUCGGUUCCCUCCAUCAUGUUAAGAAAAACACGAAUGGAGAGCGUGUUGCGCGAAUCAACGACCCUGAUAUCUCGACUGUGCCACGACUAAUUGUCAUACGUCAGCUUGGACAGGCAAACGUUAGAUCACUGGUGUAGAUUCCGUGCAAUCGAACCAGAGCGUUGGAUAGCUUUCACCAGGUGUAAGGUAACUUUAAUUUUGGGAGAUAGGAUCCUCAAGUGUCAUUGAUAAAUAUUCUGUGAUGGUUAGAAUUGGGUGAUCGAACAGAAGUGUGCGUUGCGACUAUUGUGUACCAGUUUGGGAUACAGUGAUCUUUGAUUCGAAGUGAUUUAGCUCGAAUAUCAUCCGAGUAUCACGGUUAAGUAUUGUGUAUCUAUUGGAAUACGGCGACCUUUGAUCUGAGGUGACGGGACCUAAUUGCCAGGACUAACUAUCGGGUAUCAGUUGGAAUACAGUGAUCCUUGAUUUGGGGCAACUGAACCCAAGUGUCGGGGCUAACUAUUGUCUACCACUUGUACCGCGGCGAUCAUUGAUUCCGUAUAACGGAGUCUAAGUGUCAUUUAAUCUACAUCAUUUGAAAUACAGUGAUUUUUUAUUUUGGGUGGACCUAAGUGUCAGGGUUAACUAUCGUGUACCAGUUGGAAUACAGUGAUUUUAGAUUUCGGGAAACUGCAGCCGAGUGUCACGAUCACCUAUUGUGUCAUAGCUGGAAGCCUCCUCGUCCCUGGAAUAGAGCGGUUCUAUUCCUAGCAUUCGAACCGAAGUGUUCAGUGUGAGUUUCGUCCAUUUCUGUGGACGACUAAGUAACCAACAUAAAGGUGAUCGAAAGAGUGCUAAUAUUCCGCAACCCCAGUGCUUCGAACGAUCCCGAGUUUCUAAGACCUUCGAACCACCUUCGGAGUGGAUCAGAGGUUCACUGCACUCUUGAGAUUCUGGCCAAUGCUCGAGGUCGAGUUUUCGUGAAAGUGCGUCGGCUAUGAAUUGGUGCAAAGUGCAGGCUGCCGCGAAUUUAGUGGAGACGUCCGGCUGGAAAAGAGUGCUUUUAUCGGGCGUCGAAGCAUGAGGGACGUGGCAUCCUCAACGUAAUGAUGCAGAGAGCGGUGCUACUGCUCUGUUGGCUGCCGCUCCUCAACCACUGCCACGCCGUACAUCCAGGUUGCUCCUGCGUUGUCUACAGCAGCUCGGACAAACCUCAAGGUGGCACAUUUACAUCCCCUUAUUAUCCCAAGCGAUAUCCGCCGAAUAUCGAUUGCCUGCUUUACACGUUCAUCGGUCAACCUGACGAAAUCGUCGAGCUAACGUUUCAUCACUUCAAUAUCCGUCAUGUCCGACCCAAUUGCGUGGGAGGCGACUUUCUAAAAGUGUUUCUACAUUUGGAGACCACCGGUGUUUCCGAGUACACCCCUUGGUCUGGGGUGCUUUGCGGAGAACUGCACGACAUUCCACAGAUCCUGUACAGUUCGAGGUCUACGCUUAUUUUGGAGCUCCACACUCAGUCACCUCCGUCGAAUUCGACUGGCUUUUUUGGGAAUUUUCGCUUCAUCGACAGACGGCUGUUCGAGACGGACGGUGUGCUGAUUCCUGGCACGAUGUGCGACCUCGAGUUUGUCAGUUCACAGUCAACACCGCAGUACGGACGAUUCUACUCGCCACGGUACCCGUCCUCCUACCCAAAGAACAUCCGGUGCUCGUACCUCUUCCGGGCAAGAUUAAAGGAGAGGAUUCGCUUAGUCUUCGAGGAGAUCUCUCUACAGAAAGGAGACUUAAGUUGCCUAAAUAGGGCGGACUUGAUCAGAGUGCACGACGGAACGGAUUCAGGGGCGCCCACAAUAGCUGUACUCUGCAACCAAGGAGCGGAAGUGGAGGUACUCAGCACAGGGCCAGACCUCUACGUCGAGUUCGUUGCUAAUUCCGAGUGGCCUGGCCAAGGGUUCAAGGCGAUGUUCCAGUUCCAGCCGUUGGACGACGCACCGCAUCCUGAGCUGGACAAGGUCAUCCCAGGGGCCGUUACCGGUAACCCCAAGUACUCGGUCAUUGGACCAGCUGUCAGCGCUACGACGUCACUGUGCGACAUGGUUUUCAAUAGUGACUCGACGAAAACAGGAGUGGUCACGUCGCCAGGAUAUCCGAAUCCUUAUCCAUCUAGGACGCACUGUACAUACGACUUCCAGGGACGAGGCAACGAACGGGUCCAAGUGAUAUUUCAGGAUUUGAAUUUGUAUCAUGCAUCGAACGGGGCGAACGAAUGCAAAGGCGUGGACUCAUUAAUGGCAUACGUGUAUAUAGACGGCAAAAAGGAGAAAAUUGACUCGUUUUGCGGCGAAAUGCCAUUACGACCUAUCAUGAGCAGUGGGCUGCGACUUUCGUUGGAAUUUCACGGUGUCACGUCGUCGCGUCACUCUCGAGGUUUCAAAGCGGUGUAUUCCUUCACAGAAAACUACGGCAUAACUACGGGGAGGCAGGAGACGCAAUAUCCCUGUGCCUUUGUUUACAACAGCAACGACACACGGAACGGAACGUUCACGUCGCCAAACUACCCUGGAUUGUAUCCCCGGAACACGGAAUGCUACUACUUCUUCAACGGCCAGCUCACCGAACGAGUCCAUCUCCAUUUUCACUUCUUCGACAUCGAGGGAGUACCGCCAUGCGAUCCCGUGUCCGCCAGCGACUUCGUCGAGUUUUCGAAUUACAUGUCCACGGACCGGAAGUACCCGAGGAAUUGUGGUCAGCUGAAGGAAUUCGAUGUCGCCAGUGACAGAAAGUUCUUUCGCGUGACUUUUAAGAGCAACGACAGAUACGACGGGACGGGAUUUAACGCCAGCUACGUGUUUGUGGACGAGGAAGGAAAUUACACAACAAAGCCACCGACGAGUAAUGCGUCAACGUUAAAAGGUGGAACGCUGCUGGUGCUGCUACUGCUCAUAAGUCGCCUACUCUUUGGACGAGUUUCGCUUUAAUCACGAUCGGUAACUACUUGGACGAGUCUUGGCUCAAUUUACAACGAACUAUAACUUCGAGGACAGGAGCCAUCCAAAAUCCUCCAUUAGUCGGCGCACAGAUGAGAGUGGCUACAUUGUUUGCGCCAUUGAUAUUGCCAAAGGAAUAGGAAAGCCGAUCUCCCUGGAGACACACGGGACAUCGUAAUUCACUUAUUAGAUCUAUCACCACGCUGAACCUGAUGACGAUCAUUCUCCAUCAUUCUACGACCACCACGGAGAAAACGUACUCACUGGCAAUAAAGUAUUCGAACUUACCAAGGGGAAACUCUCGACGAGAAAUAUUCGAAAGCUUACGAAGAAAGCCACAAGACUCCUGGACGAGAAUCUAUUCCUUUCGUUAUUCAAACUUGCUUCGAGGAUACGAAAUUCUCCUCUGAAAUUUGGAUUUAGUCUGAUAAUAUUGCGACAAUGUUAUAAAUGUUGCGAUUUUGUUAUAAAUAUUUAGUGGUUGCUUCCUUGGUACGAUGUUUAGAAAGAGAUUAAAAUUUACAUCUAUCGAGGCGAUUCUCUAAUUUGAAAAUGACAUCCUCGAUGAAAUUAGAAAUUCUCUUCCUAAUUGAAUGAAACAAUCUCGCUCACGCUCGCAACAUUUUUGUUUUCGGCUCGAGGGAUUCCCCGUUAGGCGUACUUAAUUUAAUGAACACGUACGAAGAGAGGAUAUUAGAGGAGUUGUACGAGUAAUGGGAUAUAUCUAUGAUCCGUUGUAGCGCGACGUAUUAAAGAGUGCUGAAUUGUUAACGUUUUCCUCCUCGUACGUAAACGAAUUUAUUAAAUCGCUAUGAACUAUCUGUCCGACGAAUUACUCGAAAGUCAUACGUAAACAGUGAACAAAGAGACACGAAAGAAAUUCGCCUUCCUAAAUACACGACACACUACGGACAUAUUUAUUAUUACAUCCUCUAUACGACUGUGAUGUUUCCAUUCCUUCUUAGUUUUACUAGGAAACGUAUACAAGUCUGAUUAUACGCGAAAAAAAUGUAAAUAUUCGUGAAACCAUGAGUAGCCUGGCCGAACAGUUACGAAUAACCGUUCAAAACGGGCCAGAUGAAAUUAAGAGGAUUUACGAUUAACGGUUUACGAUCGAGAUAUCGAUACGAUUAAUCGUCGAAGAGGACAGAGAAACACGAACCGAUCGCGGUAACUUGAUUGGACGGAUUUGAUCAAAUAUGUGUGUAUUCGAUGACUGGAAUGGGUAUUAUUAAGGACGACCAUCGCAUCGGAGAGAUAUGCUCGACGUUGAAGUUUUGAAGAAUGAGCAAUAACGAAACGAUCGAUCGUGAUGAAUACAGUUAUAACGAAUAUCGAAGUACGGUUUGAAAUAAUUUUCUGAAUCCGUGCAACGGAUUUAUAAGAAUUAAUUUUUUUAAUUGAGUAAUUAUGAAUGAGAUAAUUUUAACAUUGAGAUGAGUAUUCGUGUUGCUUGAGCUUUUCAUUCAAAAUGAUUCAUACAUUCCAGAAAAUAAUAUUUACUUAGUUUUAUUGCACAAAAGUCUAAAACGUUCAUCGAUGGCGAGGUGCAACUGGAGUGCUGCUUCUAAACCUAACGUCAAUGUAAAUGAUUCUAAUUAAAACUUCGUACAAUAAAGUUGUACAUUAGUAAAUAAUAUAGAAAACUACGUUACAGAAGUAUUCGUAACAUAAUUAUUCAGUGCAAGAUACAAUCAGCAUAUACUAAUAUACUAAAUAUUUUAUAGGACCAUCGACAACACUAAAACAACUUACAAACGAUCCGGUAUACUUUGAAACAGGAGUAUCCUGUGGAAUAACUUUAUAAUAUACAAUGUUUUACAUUAGUUUUUAUCGUAAUAAGAUAAAUAUACUCAAUUGCACACGUUUUAUACGAUAAGCGAAUAAAUAAUGACUAUUGAAUUGCUCUGUGGUCCGAAAUCGGGGUCUACACGCACGGACUCCUGCCGUUCCCCGUAUCAACAUACAAGGGAACGUAUCAACUACAGUAUGACGUAUUUCCAAUACGUAGAACUGAUGGAAUAUUUCCAAUACUUGGAACCCUAUAAAUAUAUCAUUUUAUUCAAUAGUAGUUCAAAUUUUCAGUGUUUUUAUUUUAAAGAUUCAUUGUUUGUUCUGCUUUCAGAAUGCGUACAGUGAAUCACUAAAAUCGCUUUCACUAUUAAAUCUUUUCCUUGUUAUUUUCAUUAUUAAAUUUGUAUUAUUAAAUUUAUAUAAAUGAACCAAUCAUCUAGAAGUCUACAAUGUGUAAAUCAUUCGAAGCGAAAACAUUCAUAAAAUACGAAUACUUUUUUUAAUUCUAUGCAACAUGUUUGCAACAAUUACGACAAAAAUUCGAAAGGUAAGUCGCUCGUUAUCGAUACGCUCGAGCUACCUUAACAAAAGUAAAACAAAAUAACAAGCCGCAAGCGAGAGCUGGCGGAUGAUAUAUGACACACAAAUUUCAACAUUGAAACUUCGCCCACGUAAUAAGCAAUCAAUAAAGAUAAAUGUUUAACGAUCGAUGCAAACGACGAUCGAGUCGCGAGGGGAAAUGCAUCGACGCCCCCACGGCGAAGCAGAAAAUCAUUAACGUCGGAGUUAACGAUAGUUCCACGGAACUUUAUCACACAAAGAUCCGCCACUUUUCCAGAAAAUUAUUUCAAACUCUAAACUGUCGAACUACAAGCCAAGCUCGUUUUCCUGAGCUUAUCGCGAAGGGUAUAACAGCAACAAUGGCGGUGUGGUUUUUACAAUUACGACGACCACCAGUCGAGAAUGCCGUCGAUAAAAUAAACCGCGCAACGAACGUACUUAAAGAAGCGCGAACGGAAAUUCCCCAGUCACUUUAGAUUCGAUUCUGAAAAUAUUUUUGCGGGGCUGAUUUAUUGCGGUUGCUUUUAUUGCAAGUCAGGUGUAAGAUAUUUCCUAGCGUAGGAAUCAGUUUUAUCACAGAUAUCUAUAAAAGCAUAGGGUUUAUUGGAAGAAUAGUUAUUAACGAAAAUUUGUUUCCCUUUACUUUUAGUAGUAAUUAUAUUUGCAGUAAAUCCAAUAAAUUUUAGGUAUCUGCCAAAAAUUGAUUGUUUACACUUGUCGGGUUUUGCCAAAAUGAUCCCUACAACAACUGUGGGAUAUUUUGCGCACUGUCCGUAGCAGUAUAUUUGACAGAUCGUCUUGACAAAAAUAUUUCAAUUUAAAGCGACUGGAUUUAAACAAAAAAUGACCAUCGUCGACGCUCGAAGACAAGAACGAUCCAGCGACGAACCGUUUAAGGAUUGAUCUCUCACGAAUUCAAUAUCAAAUUUAUGUAUCCAGCGAUACAUAAGUAUAGGUAGAGCAAUACUGUCAUUGUGUAUGUUAGACUACUGUGAAUAUUUUUUAAUAGGUUUAUAAUGCGUUGACUACUUCUCCCGAGUUUCCGAUUGAUUUAUAAAAAUGAAAGAGGAAAAAAAAAAUAUGAUAAAAAAUAGCGUGACUGUGGCAUUACGAUUUGAACGUCCCCAUGAGCGUGUGAGAAAGUGUACAAGUAUGGACUGUACGAUGUAUAUGAGCAAGUUAUAAAACUUCCGUUCGUUGUUACUUAUAUGUUGUCUAUAAGAGAUGAAGACGGCGAAAAAAAAAAACACUAUUAGGAUGUUGUACACUUAAAUCGGCACUAUGAAAUGCUUGUAUGUAAGGAUCACGUUGUAAAUACUGUUACAUUUAAUCUGUUCGAGCUGCUGUCUACUAAAUACAUUACCGUACCGUUUUAUUCCGUACCGAGGUGCACAAAUGUAACGGAGUUAACUGAAAAACGGUUGGUCGUAGCUUUCGCUCGUUUCCACCUGAGUCUAUUUUAGGCCGAAAGGAAGAUCAGUACCGAGUUAAGGAAAACACGGAGUGACUAGUAAGUAUAUGGACAGUGUCGAGACAAUGACCAAUGGCGCCCAAAAAUUUAGCAAAACGAAUGCAACUAAAAAUGAACAGUGACGAUACGUAGUUAUACGUUCGGACACUCUACAAUACUUUGUCGAGAAAGAUAGGGGAAAAGUCCACUUAACUUUUUCGUGUAGAAUUUAAUUCCCCGUAAGAUUUGUUUAAACGAUUUUUGUAUAACUUUAGAAAUGACGAAUAUGUAGUAGAGAAAUCGAAAAACUGCAAGAGGCAAUCAUUCUUCUCAAGUACAAACAGUACAUGUACACACCGUGAUCGUGAAGAUCGCCAGCUCAAAACCAACCCCGUCGAAAAAUCAUUUGAUCGGUUUAGUUUUCUCCUCGCAUGUCAUUCUUUCCAAGAGCUGAUCUUCCUUUCGUCCUACAGUAUUAAUUGUGACCUUUCGUUCCGCACUCUAUUUCGUUAUCGCAAUUACUUAAAGCGACGAACUCGUUAAUAUGAGUACGUAAAUUCGUUCGUUUCGUGUCGCGAUUAAAUGGCCCAGAUGAAAUUACGUAUCCCAAAUUAGAAGCUGCUCGGAGUCGAGGGCAGACGAUUCAAUAUACGCGAUCGCUUUUCGAACGUAGACACAGAGAAUACUUUAUUGUCGUUCUAUGCGGUAUUAAUUUGCCACGUGACACCUGGCGUUGAGUUCGCGGCGAUUAGUACGGCUCUUAUGCGUUUAAGGUGGAUCUAUGUGUACAAGGACGACUCAACUAGCUGAAUAGUUAUUAAACACUUCGAAACCUCUCGCGAUCCACGACUAAACGAGCGCUCCGUAAUGAGGCUGGAUGUUCAGGGGCGGCCUAGCAGCAAGUUCCUGAGCCAGAAAUGAUACCAAAGAGAGAAAUGAUAAAAGAAUAAAAAAAAAAAAGAAAAUAACGAGAGAGAUAAAGAAAAGGAAGAAACUUUUAUCCUUACACGCCGCGUGUCACUCAGAUCUGCGAGUUAACGAAGUCGCGCCUGGGGCGCUCCACAACACUUUGUCCUGCGGUUAAAACUACUCAAAAGCAUCGUAGUCGUGCUCCGGACAAGGCGCGGUCGUUGAUCGGAGCAACGACUACGGUAUCCGCUGGCGGCGGAUGUAUUUUCUUAUUCUGUUUUGAGGCUCUUGCCAAAUCAUCUCACGCAUAAGUUACUGAACUGUAAUGCAAUCAUCGUUACUGUCCUAAUAAAUCUUAGCAUACGAAUCCGUACGUAACACGUGGAGAUCUUUUCUUGACGAGACCGCGGGGUGAUUUCGAUUACUUCCGGUCCUGGUACUGAGACUGUCGGAAUCUUCCCGCGACAACGUUUAUUGUUAUCAGGUAACACUCCUAACCUUUAUCAACUGACACACUCAGAUUUUUAUUCUAUUUUUCAUACAUUUCAUUUCGAUAGAUCCUAAUCCAAAUAGAACCGAAGAGUUUCCGUUAAGUUUAGUAAUAAGUGAUACUCGAUUACGUGCAAUACAGAUAUAACAAAUUAACAGAGGAUUAUUUAAAAAAAAAAAAAGUAAUGAAUGAUUUAAUAAAUGCAAAUGAGCAAACAGUCACAA